AUGCCUUCCUUGGUUUCUCUCGCCACCCUUGUGGGCUACUUGGCCACACGUACCUCGGCUCUCAGUCUCCCGCCUCUGAUUCCCGCGAUUCCUGGCGUGACUGAGCCUCUGGCCGAAAACGCCCCUCCACUGCCUAUCCUGCAGGUUCCCACUCCUCCUUUGGACAGCCCUCCCUUUGCGGUGUCCAACAUCAAGCCCAAGAAGAUUGGCUACUUCUGGACUGGAGCUGGUGACAACAAGCACAAGGACUUCUUGGCUACCGUCAGCCUGGAUGAUAAAACCUUCGGUACCUUCAUUGAUAUCACCGACGUCCCCUCCAGUGGCAACUCUCCCCAUCACCUGGGCCCGUCUGUUGACGGACAGUUGCUGGUCGGUGGUGGUCUGCUGUCCCUCCUGAAGACCCAGGAUACUGCAUUCUACUUCGACACCUCGGACCCAUACCACCCCAAGUUUAGCCACAGUAACCGGGGUCUUCUGGGCUCCAUCGUCGACGAGAUCCGAGCCAAGCCUGAAGGUGGCUUCUUCAUCACCUACAUGGGUAGCGCCGUCGGCACUUCGCCUGGCCGACUUAUCGAGACUGAUGCCGGUGGAAACAUCCUCCAUGAGUGGCCGGAAGAUGUUCAGAGCACGCUUAACAUUCUUGAAAAGCAAUUUUCCCCUCACGGUCUGAGCAUUGACUUCAAGAAGAAGAUUAUUCUUACUUCUGACUUUGUCGUACCCCUGUCGAUUCUGAAGCCAACUACCGGAAUCCAAAAGGCGGACACCUUGCGGCUCUGGGACCUCGACUCUCGCAAGAUCAUUUCUACCAUAACCAUCCCCAACGGACAAGGUAUCCAGGAUGUCAAGUUCAUCCCCGGAAACAAGGAGAGUGCUGCCCUUGCAACUGCCGUUGGUCCUGGUCAGGUCUGGAUUAUCUACCCCUUCCGCAAGGACUCCAACGGUAAUCAGGGUGUGGCCAAGCUCCUUUACGAUCUCGGCGACAAGGCCAAGGAAUCCCUUGCCAUCUACUCCGAUAUUUCCACCGAUGGCAAGUUCGCUUACUUCACAAUCACCCUUGGAAACCACAUCGCCGCCCUCGAUAUCUCGGACCUUGAUAACGUCAAGCGCCUCGAUGACCCCAAUGAGCAGCAGCCUAUCAUCGGCCCGCACUAUGUCAAGAUCUCUCCCGACAAGAAGAACCUAUUGGUCACUGGAUACUUCGUCCAGGCUGGAGAUAUUUCUGUUGUCAAUACCCCUGCCGACUACAAGGGUCACUGGAUUGACAUUCUUGACGACGGAUCCCUCAGCUUCAACCGAUCUAUCGACUUUGAGUCCAUCUUCACUAAGAGCCGUGGUGGUGCUCGUCCUCACAGCUCUGUCAUCUUCGACUUAACUGACCCCAAGAACCCCAUUUACUACUAA